AUCCAGAAGUACUUUCUAUGGGAAGGAAAAGUAAAUGUUAAUGGAUGUAACUCCUUUAGUCGUUUCACCUAGAAAGAAAGAACAAAUAAACUCUGAGCCAGUUUUCAAAAUAAAUCUUUUGAAAUGGCCUAGACAAAGUCCGGACUUAAAUUAGGCUGAGAUGCUCUAGAAUGACCUUAAAAUUGUGUUUAUAAACGAAAGCCUUCCAGCGUGGCUAAAUUUGUAAAAGACUCACUACCAGAUAUAGAAAAAUCUUGAAGGGUGGUCCAACCUGUUACAAGGUUUAGCGGGAAAUUACUAUUUGACACAGGGCCAGGUUUCCCUUGAGAAAAGAAAUAAUGUGAAAACUAAAUUUUGUAUUUACUGUUUUUGCCUGAUAUUACAAUUUUGUUUUUGAUUAUCUGGAAGAUUUCAGAGUGACAAAAAGUGGAAGGGGGCUUUUUCGUUGCGCUCCAUCUGUGAUAGUAUGUAAAAAAAAAUAACAUUUGUUGUAUUAACACACAUUGUGUUUGUUUAUAUCUUGCUAGAAUCUAUUUUUAACUUGCUGUUAGCUCCUCGGUGUGUCGAACAUGUCACCGGGCUCCGCGGUUGCGGGGAGGCCGGCUGAGUCAGGCAGCAACCCGGACACCGCAGGACGGAUCCGUCCGGUCAGACAACCAUAGAUGGAUGUAGCUCUUCAGGGACGCGGAGCCGAAACGAAGCCGGAUUUUUGACACGAGCGGACCACCAGCAGUGGCAGCAGCAGGAUGAGCUCAGAUGGAGGUGGGCGGCCCGUCAAAGUGGGCUCCCUGGUGGAGGUAAUUGGCAAGGGGCAGCGCGGUACGGUGGCCUACAUCGGAACCACGCUCUUCGCCUCUGGAAAGUGGGUGGGCGUCAUCCUGGACGAACCCAAGGGCAAGAAUGACGGCACGGUGCAGGGCAAGCGAUACUUCACCUGCGAAGAGAAUCGUGGCAUUUUUGUUAGGCAGUCACAGAUCCAGCUGGUUGACGAUGGAGCAGACACAUCUCCGGAGACACCUGAGCCAACCACUGGCAAGGUACCUAAACGAGAGAUCCUGGAGACAUCCAAGUCUGCCAAACUGCGAGGACUGAAGCCCAAAAAGACUCCUGCAACCCGGAAGACCACGGCCAGAAGGCCCAAGCAGCCCAGCCGACCUGCGGGUGGCGGAGGGAGGGGGGCUGCGUCCGGGUCAGCAUCAGCGUCCGCUGGUGAGAUGAGCAGCAGCGAGCCCAGCACGCCGGCGCAGACCCCCCUGGCAGCUCCUGUCAUCCCUACCCUCCAUUCUCCCGGAAACCCUCCACCCCCUGUUCCCAGCAAGGAGGAGGAGGCUCUGCGCGCUCAGGUGAAGGACCUGGACGAGAAGCUGGAGACGCUGAAGAUGAAACGGACAGAGGACAAAGCCAAACUCAAGGAGCUGGAGAAGCACAAGAUCCAGCUGGAGCAGCUGCAGGAGUGGAAGACCAAGAUGCAGGAGCAGCAGGCAGAACUGCAGAAACAACUCAAAGAGGCAAAAAGGGAGGCUAAAGAAGCCAUGGAGGCAAAGGAGCGCUAUAUGGAGGAGAUGUCGGACACGGCCGAUGCCAUUGAGAUGGCAACUCUGGAUAAGGAGAUGGCUGAGGAGCGAGCUGAGUCCUUGCAGCUGGAGGUGGACUCCCUGAAGGAGAGAGUGGAGGAGCUCACCAUGGAUCUGGAGAUCCUAAAGCAUGAGAUAGAGGAAAAGGGUUCAGAUGGUGCUGCCUCCAGUUAUCAUGUGAAGCAGCUGGAAGAACAGAACAGCAGGUUAAAGGAAGCUCUGGUCAGAAUGCGUGACCUGUCUGCAUCCGAGAAGCAGGAACAUGUGAAGCUGCAGAAGCAGAUGGAGAAGAAAAACACAGAGCUUGAUUCUCUGAGAGGCCAAAAGGAAAAACUGCAAGAGGAGAUGACAGGAGCAGAAAACACUAUCGAUGAGCUGAAAGAACAAGUGGAUGCAGCCUUGGGGGCAGAGGAGAUGGUGGAGACUCUGACAGAGAGAAACCUGGACCUGGAGGAGAAAGUCAGAGAGCUGAGAGAGACGGUCACAGACCUGGAAGCUAUAAAUGAGAUGAACGAUGAGCUGCAGGAGAACGCUAGAGAAACGGAGCUAGAACUCAGAGAAAUGUUGGACCUGGGAGCAUCGAGAGUCCGUGAGGCUGAGAAACGAGUCGAGGCGGCACAAGAGACUGUGGCAGAUUACCAGCAGACCAUCAAGAAGUACAGAGAGCUGACAGCUCAUCUGCAGGAGGUGAACAGAGAGCUGACCAGCCAGCAGGAGGCCUCAGCAGAGCUACAGCAGCAGGCGCCAGCAGAGAUGUUUGAUUUCAAGAUUAAGUUUGCAGAGACAAAAGCUUAUGCCAAGGCCAUUGAGAUGGAGCUGAGGAAAAUGGAGGUGGCUCAGGCCAACAGACAUGUGUCUCUUCUGACCUCCUUUAUGCCUGAAUCCUUCCUUCGUCAUGGUGGAGACCAUGACUGCAUCCUGGUCCUGCUGCUCAUCCCGAGACUCAUUCACAAGGCUGAGCUGAUCAGCAAGCAGGCGCAGGAGAAGUUUGACCUGAAUGAAAACUGUGUGGAGCGAGUCGGCCUGAAGGGAGCCGUCGGGGAGCAGUUGAGCUUCGCAGCCGGCCUUGUCUACUCACUCAGUCUGCUGCAAGCUACUCUCCACAAAUAUGAGCAAGCUUUAUCUCAGUGCAGCGUAGAGGUCUACAAGAAGGUGGGCUCUCUGUACCCGGAGAUGAGCGUUCAUGAACGCUCUCUGGAUUUCCUCAUUGACCUGCUGCACAAAGACCAGCUGGACGAGACCGUCAACGUGGAGCCACUCACCAAGGCCAUUAAAUACUAUCAGCACCUGUACAGCAUCCAUCUGGCAGAUCAGAAUGAGGACUGCACUAUGCAGCUGGCUGAUCACAUCAGAUUCACCCAGAGUGCCUUGGACUGCAUGGCAGUGGAGGUGGGCCGCCUGCGGGCGUUCCUGCAUACAGGUCAGGAGAAGGCUGACCUCGCCGUGCUGCUGAAGGAUUUGGAGACGUCCUGCAGCGACAUCAGGCAGUUCUGUAAGAAGAUUCGCCGCAGAAUGCCAGGAACGGAUGCACCCGGGAUCCCUGCCGCACUUAACUUUGGACAACAGGUGUGUGACACGCUCUCCGACUGCAGGAAACACCUGACCUGGGUGGUGGCAGUGUUGCAGGAAGUGGCUGCUGCUGGAGCUCAGAUGAUGUCUCCUCUCGGGGAACAGGACGGGCUGGCGGCAGUUAAACUGGAGGAUGUAGCAUUCAAGGCUGCAGAACAGAUCUAUGGAUCUCAGGGUGCCAACCCCCACGAGUGUCUGCGGCAAUCCUGUUGCAUUGUCAUAGCAACCAUGAAUAAAAUGGCAACUGCCAUGCAGGAGGGAGAAUAUGACUCAGAUAAGCCCCAAAGCACGAUCCCUCCACCAGUAGAUCUGCGAGCUGGAGCUCUUCGAGCUGAAAUCACAGACGCAGAAGGUCUCGGCUUGAAGCUGGAAGACAGAGAAACUGUUAUCAAAGAGCUAAAGAAGUCUCUCAAGAUCAAGGGAGAGGAGCUGAGCGAGGCAAACAUCCGUCUCAGUCUGCUGGAAAAGAAGCUGGACAGCUCGUCCAAAGAUGCAGACGAACGCGUUGAGAAGAUCCAGACUCGCCUGGACGAAGCCCAGACCCUGCUGAAGAAGAAGGAGAAGGAGUUUGAGGAGACCAUGGACGCUCUUCAGGCGGACAUCGACCAGCUGGAGUCUGAGAAGACGGAACUGAAGCAGAGAAUCAACAGCCAAUCAAAGAUGACCGUGGACGGACUGAGAGGCAGUGGCCCGUCGGGAAUCGGUUCGAUCGUCUCAGGAAUAGCUGGAGAGGAACAAAAAGCCAACAUGAUUGCAGGAGCCAGCUCCGGUUCUGGCGUUCAGGUGAUUGACUCUCCUCUGCUGACACAGCAAAUCGAAGCUCAGAGACUCUGCAUCAAACACCUGAAGAACGAGAACAACCGGCUGAAGGCUGAGAAGAUGCGUACUCAGCUCGCCUCACUGCCGCCUCUCAACGUAACCAAACUUCCCUCCAAGGAAGGACGUCCUGAAGUGCUGUCUAGUGCCCUCUACCGCAAGACCGACCAGCUCCUGGAGACUUUGCUCCAGAUGAGUUCCAACGUCAAGGUGGUGGACAUCACUGGAAAAUCUCCAGUGACACCUAGUGCUCAACUCUUGGAACAGACAGCGCGUCUUCAGUCCCUGAGAGAGACUCUGGACAAACUUAAGGGUGAAGUAGCAGAGCAUGUCAUCAAUCUGCAGCCUGGAGCUCGAGUCUCGUCAGACUUUGCAACGUUCCCUUCAACCACCUUUGUUAAGGCGACCGAAGAGAAACACACGGACACAGUACUGGUGGGUCGAGUCAUGGUGCCAUGUCCUCGCGGUCAGGAGCAGGUCCACCGCCUCGUUCUGUCCCAGUCCCAGCUGCAGAGAGUCCACGGUCUCCUGCAGACCUAAAUGUUGCUUGCCCUGCAAGCCCUGGUACCAUAAACACACCCCACCAUCACUAUCUGUUCCCCUCCACCUCCAGAGGCCAGAUCAGUCAAACCAAGAGGGAUUUAAAGCAACACGUGGACGAUUAAAAACUGGAAGCUAUCUAUAUGUUCGAAAUGUUAGCAGCUCUGUAGUUGUAUGCGACAAGUUUUUAAUCUCAGUUCAUUUUGAGUUUAUUUAUGUAAUACCAGGCCAGGUUCUGGUGCUGCCGGUCUUGGUCACAGCAGUUUGAAGUGACGAUAACAUAAAGAAAGUUAAGCUGAAAAGUUGACUUUGCAAUUUUAAAAUUGCAAACUUGCAACAUCAACUCUUUGUCACAGACUGAAUUAGAUUUUAAGCUAUUUUAUCAUAUAAAAUAUUCUAAUAGUAAUAGUUAAUGAAACGAAGGAACCAAUGUGUUUUGGAAAAGUCUCAAUAACAGCAUGAAGCUUAGCAUCUUCAGCACAACAUCACAUAAUAAGGCACAUUAUCCUAUGGUUAAAAAUGGUUUACACGCCUUUAUUUAUAUAUAUAAUUUUUUUAAUUGUUUUUCACAGACAGAAAAAAAAUCCAAUCUUUUUUUGAUCAGUAAAGGCACCAUAUCUAAGUGCUGUCGCGUUACACAGACAACCACAACCUUUAGUGCUGAACUUGUUCCUGAGUGAAGACUCUAGUAUCAGUGCAGCGUGUAAAAAGGAAGUUGGAGGAAGAUCUGACAUGUUUUAAAGGAAACUAUAUCUUCUAGGAUAUAUCGAGGCAUGUCUGAGGUUCAUUCAGGCUAAGACAGAACAAGGCUUUUAACAAAGAACAUGAAGGCUGAAUAGAGUUAAAAAAGUUAAGGGUGCUCUCUCCGUUUUAUCCCUGUGACCUUUAAACCUGGCUGUUAUGCUGGAUUUGGAAAUGUUGAGAGCCCUCUGGAAACACCAGUCACAGUAGGAUCUACAUUCAGUAGCACAUACACAGAGACUGGUGUUUUAGUAAUACCAGCCCCGCUGACCUUGCUAACCACCAACAUAAGAUGCUAAACUCCAUAAUCAUUUUGCCUUAAUUUUAGAAGAAUCAGUAAAAUCUUGUUUUUCAGGGAAUGACAGCAGCAUGAUGUCACUUUAGCUUCUAAUUUAAAUGAUUAAUGAUCACUCACAACAGGAAAGCUAGAAGAAAAAUACUUAGAAUGGUGUUCAGGCUGCUCACUAGAAUAGUUGUUAAAGAAAAAUAGGUAUCGGUGGGUCAGAAACUGGCCACAUAAUUCUCAUUGGUGUACCUGGGUUUUUCUUUUCUUAUUAAAAUACAAAUCGAUUUCAGCCUGGUUUGACUUAAAGCUGUAUACAGUAAACUAAAGUGGAUAAACUGAUGCAUGCUGCCCAGACUCACAAAGACUGUAUUUAUCAACCUCUUCUCUGCUCCUGUGUGAAUUAUGCUCCUAAACACAAUGGAUCCUGUAAAACCAUAGAAAAUAGGAGGAACUAUGCCACUGUGUUGUGAUCUUUUUAAGGGGUUCAUUGCAUUGUGCUCCGGUUGACCGUAUGAAAGGAAAUUGUUGUGGGAUAUAAAAAGUCAUUUUUGUGUGAGCGUUUGGACUUCCACAAGAACCUACAAAAGGACAAAAUGCAGCACAUUAUUAAGUUACGCACAAACCGAUGAAGAAUUUUAGUAAUUGUUCAAAUGUUGAACGAAAACUUUGAGGCUGAAUGAACAAAAGAAGCUGAAGCCGACGGACACACAGCGCAACAUCAGGAGGGAAACUCUUCCUCAAGACAUAACCUGGCUGCACUUAGGUUGGGUUAGGCUUCAGCUUGUGUGAGUAACACCACCACUAUCAGUAGUGCUGAAAAAUAAAAAUUCAGAAUUGCCUGUUUUGCUCACAUUCUAAAAACUGGAACUUUGUCCGAGCCUUAAACCUGCAGCCAUCAGUUACCUACCUUAAUUUCUUUUAAUUCAGUUGAACGUUCUUAAAGCAAAACGAUGAUUAUGUCUGCCAAAGAAUGUUGUUUUUCACCACAUCUGCCAAGGCUGAAUCCAUACUAACCUUUAUACUCAUUUAUUUAAUGGCUACUUAUGUUUACACAGGACUGUCAUUAACUUGAAGUAUUAUUUAUUGAUUUGAUGGGCAUAUUGCAUUAAUAUAAAAAGUACGUUAAGAUGAAACAUAGAGAUAUGAUGUCUGUAAUAAUGAGAUUGUCCAGCUGUGCUCACAGUGAUGUAGUAAAUCUGCAGCUUGUCCAACUCGUC